AUGCCUACCACACUUCACAAGACGCGCAAGCAAAUCUCAAAAAAGAGAAAUGGUGUCGUCAACGCCCUUCAUGAAAAGUCCAGAGACUCCAUGCGUCUUCACAAGGCCGGUGUAAGAGAUCAGCGUAUUGAGAAGCUGGCUGCUGCUAGGAGCAAAAAGGAACAACCACUCGUCGAACGUGUUGCUUUCUUCCAGCAAGCACUACGCCUGAAAGACAAAGAAAGCAACGCUGUCCCAAGCCUUGAAGAGAUCCAGAUCAUGAUUGACUCUUUUGUUCAUCAAUACGAUGAAGAGUAUGAUGCAGCCAAGAAGACCCGUCGUCCUGGCCGACCUGCUAGUGUUAAGGAGGACCUUCUCAAGGCCAAGAUUAACAUUCUUGAGGAAGAGUACAAGGGUGGAUUUGUUAUACCUGAUCUGCUGGAUAGCCACAACGUCAACAUUCUUCACCUCUGGGAAGGUUCUUGGUCAUAUCUCACUCACCUGAAAUGGAUCAAGGUCAACAGUGAAGGUCAGGUUCGGUCUACAGCUUUCCCUUCAGGUGGAACCAACUGA